UCCCCCCGGCGUCCCAGACAGUGGCGAAAGCAGCCGCCGCCGCCGCCGCCGCCGCAGGGGCCGCCGCGGGGAUGCCGAGCGCCGGCGCUGCAGCUUCCUUUCACGCGCUGCUUGCCUGAAGGUGCACAGGACUCAAUUACCGGAAUUGUCAACUCUGCCAAUUUAUGUGCACAUUUUUCUUCCGCUAUGAGCAGACAAAUUGUGUUGCUCAUUUGUCUGGCUUUCUGUAGCCUCCUGCUUCUCAACUUUGCCGCACAAUGUUUGGCCUUCCCCAAAAUGGAAAGGAGGGAGCUAUCACGUAUUCAUAAAGAAGAAGGUCAAUCUGAGAGCACCAACCCAGAUGACUUAGAAAAUAACUCUGUAUCUCCAAAGCAAAUGCUUCAAAGCAAAGUCUCCAAAGAGCCAAUGGUAGUGUCAGCAGGACCAUCAGUGACAUCAGUAAAUAAAGCAUUCCCUAUUAGUGAAGAAACCCAUCCUGUAGGAGCUAGGCUCACACAACCUAAUGGUCCUGGUGUUUACAUUCCUACUGAGUCAGUUGUUUCAAGAGGUGACCAAGUAUUUGGUUCCAGCCAGCCAGAGGGUAUGUCUCCUGAAAGCAGGUUUUCCAAGGCCAUGUUAACCGUCGCUGUCACUGCAACUGUUUCUCUGAAUAUGGAUGAGAAAGAGGAGCCCUUUAGUAGUACCAGCAUCCAUCCCGUUGUAGAAGGGACCACAGAAACAACACGAGGUUUUCUGAAGUAUUUGGAUAAUCACUCAUCUGCAACCGACAGUCAGGAGGGAGUAAGUCUGGGACAUUCACCAUCAUCCUAUGCGAACACUAAUGAAAUGCUGACCACCAAUCCUACGACAGAGAAACUUGAAACAGCCUCAGAGCCUAGGACAACUUCUCCUUGUGCUGAGCCCACAGCAGGCACUGAGCCUGGAAGUCUCACGCUCAAUAGAGAGAGGUCUUCACAAACGACAGCUGAUAAUUCCCAGGUUACUGCCACAAAGCACUUGCUUGCAACCUCCGUGUACACCCCGAGUGUUGAGUCAGAAACUGACAGCCUGCUGGGAGUCUGGGAAGUCACAGUUGGUGUCAGUACAGCGGUUCCACCUGCCUCUGUCUUAAGUGAUGAUUGGGAUGAUACCAAGUUAGAGAGUGUAAGCCAGAUAAGGGCCCCAGAGCUUGGAGAAAAUAUAGAUACACAGGUGAGAAUGGAAACGUCUCAGGCAACACACCUAAUCCGUGAUGGUACGGAAGGGGGUGAAACCAUGACAAAGGCUGCAGAUGUGGCUCUAGGGCUGCCUGAAGGGGAGACAUACAUGGGGACAGCCCUGCUGGUAGUGCCUGGGGAUGAGAGAUCAGCUGCCUUCACCGAUCAAAGUUCCUUUACUCCUACAAGUCUGAUGGAAGAUACAAAAGUGUCAGUUGUAAACCUGUUCCAAAAUACCAGAGACAUCACAGAAUCCAACAAGGAAAAUGAUGCCAUGCUUUUCUUGGAGACUGCUGCUUCCAUCUCAGAAUAUGAGUCUGAGGCAUAUCAAGAAUUGGGAAAUACACUUAAAGACAUUGGUACUCAAGAGAUGACAACAGCUAUUCAAGAAGCAGAAGCCACUUUAUCAUCAGUGACACUAGAACGGGUUUCUACCCUCACGAUUACCGGUGAAGAUGGUGAAACUGAGGAAGGAAACAAGUCCUUCUCUGCCUCGUCUGAUGUGCCUGGUGUUACUCAGCUGUCAGGGAGACUGAAGCCUCUGGCCACUGCAGUUUCAACUACAGCCCUACCUUUGUCUCUUAAAGUUACUCCUGCAGCAGAAGACGUAAUGGACACUGUCACGGGCCCAAAUGAAGAAUUGUUCACACCGGUUUGGGGCUUUCCAGUGACUCCCCCUGGAGUAACGGAGGAGGUGGCCAGCAUUUCCCGGACGCUUUCUGCAUCCGAGGCAUCCUCUGAAAGAAGAACCGUUGUCCCAUCCAUUGGCCUUGUUAAUACAGCUGCCUCAUAUGGUCUGGAUCAACUCGAAUCUGAAGAGGGAGAAGAUGAGGAUGAGGAGGAUGAGGAGGAGGAAGAUGAAGAAGAGGACAAUGAGGAGGAAGAAGAGGAAGAUAAAGACGCGGACUCCCUGGACGAGAGCUUGGACGGUGACACUGAGCUGCCUGGGUUUACUCUCCCUGGCCUCACGUCCCAGGAACCAGGCUUAGAGCUGGGAAACCUGGGCCCACUGGAGGGCGCCACCUACCAGGUGCCAGAUGCCAUCGAGUGGGAGCAGCAGAAUCAGGGCCUAGUGAGAAGUUGGAUGGAAAAACUAAAAGACAAGCAGGCUGGCUAUAUGUCUGGGAUGCUCAUGCCUGUAGGAGUUGGAAUAGCUGGGGCCUUGUUCAUCCUGGGAGCACUCUACAGCAUUAAGGUUAUGAAUCGCCGAAGGAGAAAUGGCUUCAAAAGGCAUAAAAGAAAGCAGAGAGAAUUCAACAGCAUGCAAGAUCGAGUAAUGCUCUUAGCUGACAGCUCCGAAGAUGAAUUUUGAGUUGGACUGGGAUUUGGCUGGGAUACUGAGUGGUGUUACUACUUUAUUUUUGAUUUUUGAGCAAGAAAAAAAAAAAAAGAAUAACGUGCUGCCACAUUGCUGCUACCAUACC